GGCAGUGAAACAGCCUCGGUGAAUUCAGAUGCAGUCUGGUGACAGGAGCCUUUGGAGGAAGCCCUCCCUCGCCCCAACCCUGGAGGCAGCUGGGCCUUGUUGUCUGGCAUUAGGGAAAUCGUCCUGUCCCAUCAUUCUGGGGACAGCAGGGAUUGGUUGAGUUCCAAAUGCGCUGGUACAGAAUGAAGCACUCGUGCCUUCCCCGCCCCGGCCUGCACUUCCUCCUCUCCUUCCCUAGUGUUUCCGUAAGGUGGCGGUAGCCACUGCACUGGUGGGUGAGAGAAGUCAUUCCCUGAGUCACGGGAGUCCCGCCGUUCUCGCCCUCCGAAGAUGGUGAAGGAGGGUGGUAGGGGAGAAGGUGCGUCCGCCCUUUUGUGCUGUGUCCGCGUCCCGCAUCAGCAUGUCUCCACUCCCAUGAGGCUGACAGAGCAGAGUCGGAGCUCCUGACCUCGGUGCUGCCUGUGGGUCCUUUACACCAGGAAGGCCACUGGAGGUCCUUUGUUUGAUGGCAUCUGUGGCGCUGGGAUGGGGCCCAGGGCCUCACGUGUGGGCAGAUGCUUCACCCGAGCUGCCCCCUGCCCCGCUUUCUGCCUGGCAGUGACAGGAAGCCUUGGCCCCAGGGAGCGUAUUUACGCUAUGACUAGACCAGCACUUCAGUCAGGAUUGCAUUAGCAGUGGAUUUCUAUUGUGAGCUUCUAGAAUAAACCUGAUUUAGCCAUUUUAUUUCCUUGAUCAGCAUUAUAUUCAGCCCAGUUAAACCAUUUUUUGAGGGGUUUUUUUCCCUUUUGUUUAUUUUCAUAAAAAUUAGUUAUUUUAUAUUUGGUUAAAUUAUUUUUUAUCACAAUUCAUUCUUCUCUAUUUUAACUUCGUAAAGAAAACUUGAUCACUCCUGUUGGUCAACUUAUGUCAUCAUGAGAUAUUUUUUCUUUUGAUGACCUUUAUAAUUUUCCUAUUUUGCCCUAAUUGAUCUGUUUUAUUUGGCAUUGUGUCCAGCUUUUGACUGUGUCCAGUUUCUCCCAGUGACCCAGUCCCAGUGUCCUCUGCCUCAGACUUUGAGCUUCUCACAGCUUCCAGCCUCUGGGAUCCGUGGCCUCCAGGCUGAGCCAGUGUAGUGGGGCCUGCCUGCCCCGUUUCCCGGAGGGGACCAUGGUGGAGGCUUUGGAGGUCCCUUUCCAGCCUUGAUAUCUAGCAAAGGUGCCACCUCCUGAGGCCCAGGGCGUGUGCCAGUGCAGAGCAAGGGCAGCUCCCCUUGAACCUCAGGUGAGGGGAGAGGGGAGCGCUGUCUGUGGCCUAUGCCACCCCCGCGGUGUCCAGCGUGGCAGCAGGUUGCCUGGGGCAGGGGAGCAAGGCAGUAACUAUGGUGAAGAGCAGCAGUUGGUGUUGAUCUCGGGCUCCCCUGAGCAGUGGAACCCUGAUGGACGUCUCAGCUCCUGGAAGGGCACGCGGUGUCCCUUACCCACUCUGUGGGCACCGUACCUGGACAGCAGCACUGAGGUGCAUGUGGUUCCUCCUGACCAAGUCGCUCGCCGCACUGCCUCUGAGGAGUCCUUGCCACAGGAGCAACAGCAGAGGCUGGAAGCUUCCCAGGCAAGGACUUCGGGUUUCAGGGACUGGAGCGGAGGCAGAACAGGGAGGUGUCUGCUGGCUCCUCCUCCACCCUCCCGGGGCCCUUGUCAUCGCAGGGGCCGUGCUGGUGGGGGUCCUCUAGGGCAGCCUCUCCUGCCCAGACGCACGCAAAGUCGAAUCUUCCUCAGCCUUACGAACCGGUCAUCACCUCGUGACCCAGAGGGACCUUCCCAGAGUGCCCUGCUUUUUCCUGUUUUAUGGAAAAGCACCAGGCUUUUGAGCACGUUGUAGAAAAAAAAGGGAUUUGGUGAUUCUUACCAAACUCACACGAAGCUUUGCAGUUAAUGAAGGUGAGGAGCCGCGCGACCCUGCUGUGAGGGUCGCGCACGGAAGCAGGCCUGAGGCCUGGAGGCGUCACCCCUCCACGGCCACCGUGCCUCCCCGUGCCACCCCUGCGGUGUCCAGCGGUGCUGCCUGGGACAGCCGACAGUGGGGCCCCACGUAGGCACAGGGCAUCCAGAGUCCUCGGCGUUGUCCUCAGCAGCUGCUCCCGCUCCCACAGACAGCUCACAGCACGUUCCUUGGCCCAAGGCCAGGAGCAUCGGCCAGCUGCUGCUCAGAUGGGCACUUGCAAGUAGCAGCAGCCAUGUUGGACGGCGCCUGCUGCACGAGGCCUGUUCCCAGCAGCCCUGGGCUGCGCCUCCACCUGUGUGCACGGUCUCUGCAGGAGGCCCUGCCGCUCCAGCUGACAGCGGGCCGUGGAGGAGCAGCAUGCAUGUGGCAUGGCUAUUUUCCCCUUGAGUUUACAGGUGAGGCUGGGGACCUGUCCUCCCCAGCACCACGUGCAGUUGGAGGCACAGCGAGGGUGCCCAGUGGACCCCCAGUGACUGGUGUUCAGCAGGAAGUCACCGUUUGGGAGCCAGCCUGUGAACUGGGUCCUUCCUUAGCACCUGUGGCACGGGUGAGCAGGGGAACAAGUGCCAGCUUGUGCCCUGCUCCCCGCCACCUCCUGCUCAUUCAUUUUUUAAACCGCUGGGUUCGAACACACUGGUCUGGGAGGUUUGGUUUACUCCAGGCUGUGUCCUUACCCUGGGGUCUUACGCAGGCCAAGUGUCAGCCCCUCCCCACUGUACCCACCUAGCUCCUCAGCAUCUCUCGAGCUCUACCUCGUCUUCUAGAAAGUCUAACUGAAUAACCGCAUGAAGUCCCCCUUCUGUUCUCUUAACAGUACUCUCUUGUCAAAAUCUUAAUAAGUCAUACUCGGAAUUCACCCAGGGAUUGCACACUCUGGACGGGUCAGUCGUGUGAGGAAACAAGACUGGUGCGGACUGAGGAGAGAACAUGCCACCAGCAGGGGCGAUUCUCACUCUGCCCCAACAGAGAGCAGGCCCACGAGAACAUCCAUAUUCAAAGGGAAGCCCCAAACCUGGGGUUUUUAAGUGAAGCUGCCACUACCACGUAAAUGCUAGCCAGUCUAUUUCUGGAACAAUGGCCAUGGGUGAAAUGCAUCAGUGGCCCCUAAUGUGUGGGCUGUGGGCAAACACCUUUCCCACCAAACUCCAGGCUCCAGAGGAACAGUGUCUGCUCACCAGUGUCAGAAUCAAAUGAAUGAAAACAGCCCCUCCCAUUGAACACCAGUCUCAGAAUAUUCUGCAAGGAGUGGCUUCCCUCUGUCACUCCCUCUCACUAGAAAUCCUUCCCUGGCCCCCAGUUUCUUGAAGUUGGCUACCCUGUGAGCCUUGUUAUCCCCACCCCAAGGCAUCACAAUGGCCAGGGCUGCCCCAGCUCAGCCCCUCUGUGACAUCACCAGCAGCCGACACUAGGUCCCCAGUCUCCCAGUCGCCAGGGUAGACAGACCCACCAUGAGCAGCUUCCUCCACCACCUCUGCUCACCAUGCGGACGCUGAGAUGGUUCCUGUUCUUGCCUCUGUGCCUCUCCUGCGGCUACGCCUUUAUGUUCUCUUCUUUGAGAGACAAAGCCAAAGAACCCCAGGGGAAGGUGCCUUGCGGAGGGCACUUCCGAAUUAGACAGAAUCUACCAGAGCACACCCAAGGCUGGCUUGGGAGCAAAUGGCUCUGGCUUAUUUUUGUUGUUUUGCUGUAUGUAAUACUGAAGUUUCGAGGAGAUAGUGAGAAGAAUAAGGAGCAGACUUCUACUGGCCUUCGAGGCUGCCAGUUUCGCUCUCCAAUAAAGAAACAUCAAAAUACUUCCCCCAGCAAAGACUAUGCAUUCCAUACCUUAACCCAACUGGAGAUGGACCUUGUGAAGUUUGUGUCCAAGGUGCGGAAUCUCAAAGUCACCAUGGCAACUGGUGGUAAUAUCAAGCUGCAAAGCUCAGAGAUGCCUGCAGAUCCACACAACAAUAUCACAAUAUAUGAGAUAUGGGGAGAGGAAGAGUCUGAAUGAAUGGAUUUGUGUGUCAAAAUA